CUUCUAGAACCAAAGCAUGAAUGAAGGCGUGGCCCGGGACUGCCCGCCUCCUCCCCUCCCCCCCGGCGGAUGUUGUGGGCGUCACCGGAAGUCGUGUGGCGGGGCGGAGCCUGCGGCGGCGGCGCGGUGGGAUCGACAUGGCGACCGAGGGGGAUGUGGAGCUGGAGUUGGAGACGGAGACCAGCGGCCCCGAGCGGCCUCCCGAGAAGCCACGGAAGCAUGACAGUGGCGCGGCCGACCUGGAGAGGGUCACCGACUACGCGGAGGAGAAGGAGAUCCAGAGUUCCAACCUGGAGACGGCCAUGUCCGUGAUUGGAGACAGACGUUCCCGGGAGCAGAAAGCCAAACAAGAGCGGGAGAAGGAACUGGCAAAAGUCACCAUCAAGAAGGAAGAUCUGGAGCUGAUAAUGACAGAGAUGGAGAUCUCAAGAGCAGCAGCAGAGCGGAGCUUGAGGGAACACAUGGGCAACGUGGUAGAGGCUCUUAUUGCCCUAACCAACUGAUUUGUGCUUCUCAGACCUAUCCACUGGAUUAACUUAUUGCAAUAAAGUUGUCUCUUUUUU